AUGAAUAGAAAACCAGGAUAAGGCUCACAUCACAAUCAAAAUACAUACAAUAAGAAGCCAUAGAAAAAUCAACAAAUUUUAUCUUAGAGCUUCUUUUCUUUCAACAACAAUGACCCUGCAGCUAUAGAGAAAAAGUGUUUGAAUUCAAAUUUGAAAUAGCCCAGCGAUGGAAUUAAGUCAUUCAACAGCAGCCAGCUUCAAAAGUUAGAUGUUUUUUCUAUCUUACUUGAUAUUCCUCAUAUUGCUACUCCUGCCGAUUCUCUCGAGUGCCCUCUUUCUGAGGAGUAGUUUAAGAAGCACACAAAUGAUCCAGCCUAUGAACCAGAGAAAUACCCAGUAUAAAAACUUUAUGACCUAAAGUAUAAAAUAGGAAUUAUAUAGUAAAUACCCUAAGCAGCGCGGUUCUUUUAAAUGAAAGCUUAUUAAUGGGAAGCAAUUAAAGCAGGUGUUUUGUAUGGUACAUGGUCUACUUCUAUUGAUUAGAAUAUAUUAUUAGAUUAAGCAUUUUGCGAAGCUAAAGGGAAGUACCCAAUAAUUCUUUUUUUCAGCAUUAACCAGUCUAAAUCAUUUUAAGGAGUUGCCGUUAUGAAAUCAAGAGUAAACCCUUAAUGGAGAUAAGAUGUUUGGGAUGAUAAUAAAAAAUUUUAAGGACUCUUUUUCAUUGAAUGGAUUUAUGUUUAGCACAUACUCAGCACAGAGUUCAAAGGGAUUCUGAAUAGCUUAAAUUAUAAUAAGCCAGUUAUUAACUAAAGAAACGGCUAAUAAAUUAAUUACGAAGCAGGAAUUUAAAUGUUAGAAGUUUUUAUGAAGCAAUCUCAGAGUAAAAGAAUUGACUAAGAUUAUAUAUGGAAUACAUUGAUAUAGUUUGAUGAGCCUGAAGACCAUCCUUUUCUUUAACAUAAAGAAAAGGAAGUUGUAAAACCUCACGAAUUAUUAAUGUAAUGCGCUAAUUUAAUGAAUAUGUAGCAGCACUCAUAAGAAAUUUUACAAAAUUAAUUACCUCAAUUAUCUUAGUCAUCUUCUAAUCCUUAAAUACCACAAAAUAUUUAGUACUUACCUCAUCAGCAAACAGUCUCAUUUCCUUAGCAUGUGUAAAUUCCACAAUCAAAUUAGUCUUAAAAUUAAAUAUAGCCUCCUUAAUAAUUACAGACUUCUCAAUAAAUAUAAUACCAUAACCAACAUCUAAAUAAUAUGAACUUCAUGCCUUUUUAAUCUAUGCCAUAUAAUCAAUAUGCUUACUAACUACCUUUUCCAUUUUACCCAUACACUAACAACAGCAUAUACUAACCUAAUCAGUAUUUCUAGCCACUUAACUUACUCAAUCCUUUACCUAACAACAGCAUUCCAACUUAAUAGUUCCCUUAGGGACAGCAGUAUAAUUUUCAAGACCUUAAUUAAUAAAGCUAAACUACACCACAGUAAUAGAACUAAAACAAUCAGAAAAAAUUUUGA